UAGUGCUCAUGUGGAGGUAGUGCAGAGCGGAGUGAAGAGGGGAGGUAAAGCGCUUAAAGAUCCGCCUCUUUUUUUCUAACGGGAGUUUAAAUAACAUGGAAUUAAAGGAAAACGGGAUCUGGAAAAUUAUCAUCCACUAAUUAAGGUUGAAGCGUUGCAGCUCCCAAGACCAGCUCUUCCUUGAGCGAAGGUAAAGUUGUAUGCAUCUCUGCAGUUUUAAAAGGAGAGAAGGAGGAAAUGAGAAAUGUCUGACAAAAUGUCUAGUUUCCUACACAUUGGAGAUAUUGUCUCUCUGUAUGCUGAGGGAUCAGUAAAUGGAUUUAUCAGUACUUUAGGUCUUGUAGAUGACCGCUGUGUGGUGCAGCCAGAGGCUGGGGAUCUUAAUAACCCUCCCAAGAAGUUUCGAGACUGCCUCUUCAAACUAUGUCCUAUGAACAGAUAUUCUGCACAGAAGCAGUUUUGGAAAGCUGCAAAACCUGGAGGAAACAGCACAACAGAUGCAGUGCUUUUGAAUAAAUUACAUCACGCUGCUGAUUUAGAAAAAAAGCAAAAUGAGUCUGAAAACAGAAAGCUGCUGGGAACAGUUAUACAGUACGGAAAUGUCAUUCAGCUGUUACACCUGAAAAGCAAUAAGUACCUGACCGUGAACAAGCGUCUGCCUGCCCUGCUGGAGAAGAAUGCCAUGAGAGUGACGCUAGACGCUGCGGGGAAUGAGGGUUCCUGGUUCUACAUCCAGCCCUUCUACAAACUGCGCUCAAUUGGGGACAGCGUGGUGAUAGGAGACAAGGUGGUCUUGAACCCUGUGAAUGCUGGACAGCCCCUGCACGCCAGCAGUCACCAACUGGUAGACAACCCAGGGUGCAAUGAGGUGAACUCUGUGAACUGUAAUACUAGCUGGAAGAUAGUUCUGUUCAUGAAGUGGAGUGACAACAAAGAGGUUAUUUUAAAAGGGGGAGAUGUAGUGCGGCUGUUCCACGCAGAGCAGGAAAAGUUUCUGACCUGCGACGAACAUCGUAAGAAGCAGUACGUGUUCCUCAGGACCACAGGACGCCAAUCAGCUACCUCAGCAACCAGCUCGAAAGCCCUAUGGGAGGUGGAGGUUGUCCAGCAUGACCCUUGUAGAGGUGGUGCUGGUUACUGGAACAGUCUGUUCAGAUUUAAGCACCUAGCCACUGGCCACUACCUGGCAGCAGAGGUAAACCCAGAUUACGAAGAAGAAUGCCAAGAAUCCCGAUCCUCUGUGGAUUCCGAGCAGGAGGCCCUGAGAGCGCGACUGCGUACUGCCCAGGAGAAGGUGAUGUACACUUUGGUGUCUGUGCCUGACGGAAAUGACAUCUCCUCCAUCUUUGAGCUGGACCCUACCACACUGAGAGGGGGUGACUCGCUGGUGCCCAGGAACUCCUACGUAAGGCUGAGACAUCUCUGCACUAACACAUGGGUUCACAGUACCAACAACCCCAUAGACAAGGAUGAAGAGAAGCCCGUUAUGCUUAGAAUUGGCACAUCUCCACUGAAAGAAGACAAAGAAGCUUUUGCAAUUGUCCCAGUGUCCCCAGCUGAAGUGCGAGAUUUGGACUUUGCCAAUGAUGCCAGUAAAGUGUUGGCUUCUAUAGCUGGCAAACUGGAGAAAGGAACAAUAACCCAGAAUGAAAGGAGGUUUGUAACAAAGCUGCUGGAGGACUUGGUCUUCUUUGUUGUGGACAUUCCGAAUAACGGCCAGGACGUGCUUGAAAUAAUGGUCAACAAGCCAAACAGGGAACGGCAGAAGCUAAUGAGAGAGCAAAACAUCCUGAAACAGAUCUUCAAGCUGCUACAGGCACCCUUCACCGACAGUGGGGACGGACCCAUGUUGCGACUGGAGGAGCUGGCGGACCAGCGGCACGCCCCCUUCAGGCACAUCUGCAGACUGUGCUACAGGGUCUUGAGGCACUCUCAGCAGGACUACAGGAAAAACCAGGAGUACAUUGCUAAGCAAUUUCGCUUCAUGCAGAAGCAAAUUGGAUAUGAUGUACUGGCUGAAGACACAAUUACUGCCUUGUUGCACAACAACCGGAAACUUCUAGAAAAACACAUCACUGCUGCAGAGAUUGACACCUUUGUCAGUUUAGUAAGAAAAAACCGGGAGCCCAGAUUCCUGGAUUACUUGUCAGAUCUGUGCGUGUCAAUGAACAAAUCGAUUCCGGUCACCCAGGAGCUCAUCUGUACUGCAGUCCUGGACUCUGCUAAUUCAGACAUUCUUAUUGAGACAAAGUUGGUGCUGUCGCGAUUCGAGAUUGAAGGUAUCCCAUGUGGGGACAGCCCCCUGGAAUCGGAGGAAGAUGAAGAGGAGGUGUGGUUAUUUUGGAAGGACAGCAACAAGGAGAUCCGCAGCAAGAGCAUUCGCGAGCUGGCCCAGGAUGCCAAGGAAGGGCAGAAGGAGGACCAGGAGGUCAUUAGCUACUACCGGUAUCAGUUAAACUUGUUUGCUCGAAUGUGUCUGGACCGUCAGUAUCUGGCCAUCAAUAAGAUUUCCAGCCAGCUGGAUGUUGAUCUCAUCCUCCGCUGUAUGUCGGAUGAGGACCUGCCCUUUGAUCUCAGGGCAUCCUUCUGCCGUCUGAUGUUACACAUGCAUGUGGAUCGUGACCCCCAAGAGCAGGUUACCCCAGUCAAGUAUGCCCGUCUGUGGUCAGAGAUCCCUUCCAAAAUCGCCAUUGAUGAUUAUGACAACAAUGGAACUUCAAAGGAUGAAAUCAAGGAGAGGUUUGCCCAGACAAUGGAAUUUGUGGAGAGUUAUUUGAGAGAUGUCGUUGUUCAAAACUUCCCCUUUGCGGACAAGGAAAAAAAUAAACUCACCUUUGAGGUGGUGAAUUUAGCCCGAAACCUCAUUUAUUUUGGGUUCUACAAUUUCAACGAUCUUUUGAGAUUGACCAAAAUCCUACUGGCUAUCUUGGACUGUGUCCAUGUCACUACAAUCUUUCCAAUCAACAAGUUGGAAAAGGGAGAUGAAGCCAAAGGCAGCAAUGUCAUGAGGUCCAUCCAUGGAGUGGGGGAGCUGAUGACCCAGGUGGUUUUGAGAGGAGGGGGGUUUCUCCCAGCAUCCACAAAUAAUCCCCCAGAUGGGGAUGUUGUUAAAACACAGACUGAACCAGAGAAAGAAGACAUCUUAGUCAUGGACACCAAGCUGAAGAUCAUUGAAAUCCUCCAGUUCAUUCUAAAUGUGAGGCUGGACUACAGGAUAUCAUGUCUCUUGUGCAUCUUUAAACGGGAGUUCGAUGAAAGCAAUUCUCAGUCAGACCUGUCUUCAGGCAACAGUCAAGAUGGACACAACAAUAUGCAAGGAGCUCUCGAUUUUGAACACAUCGAGGAGCAAGCGGAGGGGAUUUUUGGCGGAAGUGAGGAGAACACACCCUUGGACCUGGACGACCAUGGAGGGAGGACAUUUCUGCGUGUCCUGCUGCAUCUCACCAUGCAUGACUACCCCCCGCUGGUGUCCGGGGCUCUCCACCUGCUCUUCAGACACUUCAGCCAGAGGCAGGAGGUCCUGCAAGCAUUCAAACAGGUUCAGCUCCUUGUCACAAGCCAGGACGUUGACAACUACAAGCAGAUCAAGUCGGACCUGGAUCAGCUGAGGUCCAUUGUGGAGAAGUCAGAGUUGUGGGUUUAUAAGCGACAGGGUCCUGAUGAGGGAAUAGACGCAGGAGAUGGGCCAGCUGGUGACACGGAGCGCAAGACAAAGGGAGAUGCAAAUGCAAGUGGUUCAGAUAAAGCAAAGAAGCCCGAAAGCACCAGCAGCUAUAAUUACAGAGUAGUGAAGGAGAUCUUGAUCAGGCUCAGUAAACUGUGUGUCCAGGAGGGUUCAUCUGGCAGGAAGAGCAAGAAACAGCAGCAGAGACUCUUGAGGAAUAUGGGUGCUCACACAGUGGUACUGGAGUUACUGCAGAUCCCUUAUGAGAAGGGGGAGGACAUCCGUAUGCAAGAGAUCAUGAAACUGGCUCAUGAGUUCCUGCAGAAUUUCUGUGCUGGGAAUCAACAGAACCAGGCGCUGCUUCACAAACAUAUCAACCUCUUCCUCAACCCAGGGAUCCUGGAAGCUGUGACUAUGCAGCACAUCUUCAUGAACAAUUUUCAGCUGUGCAGUGAAAUCAGCGAGCGCGUGGUGCAGCACUUUGUCCACUGUAUUGAGACCCACGGCCGAAAUGUCCAGUAUCUCAAGUUCCUUCAGACCAUUGUCAAAGCGGAAGGGAAGUUCAUCAAGAAGUGCCAGGAUAUAGUCAUGGCUGAGCUGGUGAAUGCCGGAGAGGACGUCCUGGUCUUUUACAAUGACCGGGCCUCCUUCCAGACCCUCGUGCUGAUGAUGCGCUCCGAGAGGGACCGCAUGGACGAGAACAGCCCCCUAAUGUAUCACAUCCACCUGGUGGAGCUGCUGGCCGUGUGCACAGAGGGCAAAAACGUCUACACCGAGAUCAAGUGCAACUCGCUGCUCCCUCUGGAUGACAUUGUCAGGGUGGUGACGCACGAGGACUGCAUUCCUGAAGUGAAAAUUGCAUACAUCAACUUUUUGAAUCACUGCUAUGUGGACACUGAAGUGGAGAUGAAAGAAAUCUAUACCAGCAAUCACAUGUGGAAACUUUUUGAGAAUUUCCUGGUUGACAUAUGCAGGGUCUGCAACAAUACAAGCGACAGGAAGCACGCAGACAUCAUCUUGGAGCGCUAUGUGACGGAGACAGUGAUGAGCAUUGUCACCACCUUCUUCAGCUCCCCCUUCUCUGACCAGAGUACCAGUUUACAGGUCUUUCGUAACAUAUAUGCUUCGAUUCUGGGGAAAAUAACAGAGACUCGGCAGCCAGUGUUUGUGCAGCUCCUGCAGGGUGUGUUCAGGGUCUACCACUGUAACUGGCUGAUGCCGGUCCAGAAAGGCUCGGUCGAGGGAUGCAUUAAGGUGCUCUCUGACGUGGCCAAAAGCAGAGCUAUAGCCAUUCCUGUGGACCUGGACAGCCAAGUGAAUAACCUGUUCCUGAAAUCCCACAACAUUGUCCAGAAGACAGCCAUGAGCUGGCGGAUGUCGGCCCGCAACGCAGCACGGAGGGACUCUGUGCUGGCUGCCUCCCGAGACUACAGGAACAUCAUAGAGAGGCUACAGGACAUCGUGUCUGCGCUGGAGGACCGGCUGCGGCCCCUUGUCCAGGCCGAGCUCAGCGUGCUGGUCGACGUUCUUCAUCGGCCGGAGCUGCUCUUCCCAGAAAACACUGACGCGCGGAGGAAGUGCGAGAGUGGCGGGUUUAUCUGCAAGCUGAUAAAGCACACUAAACAGCUGCUGGAGGAGAAUGAGGAACGGCUGUGUAUUAAAGUCCUGCAGACCUUGAGGGAGAUGAUGACCAAAGACAGAGGCUAUGGGGAGAAGCUGAUUGCCUUUGAUGAUGAAAUGAAUGUGGAUGAGCUGGUCCCUCCUCCCGAGCCGGAAAUCCCAGCUGAGGAGCUUGAUCAAAACCAGCCCCAGAAGCAACUGGAGGAUCAGAAAAGGGGUGAAGCACUCAGGCAAAUUUUGGUGAAUCGUUACUAUGGAAACUUCAGGCCUGGAGGAAGGAGAGAGAGCAUCACAAGUUUCAGCAAUGGCCCACUGACCCCAGGUGGACCUAGCAAACCACAGGGAGGUGGAGGCGGGGGGUCUGGGGUUCUGAGCCGUGGGGAGAUGAGCCUAGCAGAGGUGCAAUGUCACCUGGAUAAGGAAGGGGCCUCAGACCUGGUCAUAGAUCUCAUCAUGAAUGCCACCAGCGAUCGCGUCUUCCAGGAGAGCAUCCUGCUAGCCAUCGCCCUGCUAGAGGGGGGAAACACGACCAUACAGCGUUCCUUCUAUUGCCGCCUGACAGAGGACAAGAAGUCCGAGAAGUUCUUCAAGGUGUUUUAUGACCGGAUGAAAUUAGCCCAGCAGGAGAUCAAAGCCACCGUCACGGUCAACACCAGCGACCUCGGCAAUAAGAAGAAGGACGAUGACGCUUCUGACCGCGAUGUGCCAGUCCGCAAGAAAGCCAAAGAUGCCACAGCCCAGAUCACAGAGGAGGUACGCGAGCAACUGCUGGAGGCCUCCUCUGCCACCAAGAAAGCCUACAAUUCCUACCGCAGGGAGGCCGACUCGGAGGAGCAUUUCGUCUCCGGCGACGGCCAGCCCACUUCAGGAGACAAAAACAAGGACGACGGCGAAAUGAGCACCGUCAUCUCCAUCAUGCAGCCCAUCCUCCGCUUCCUGCAGCUGCUGUGUGAGAACCACAACCGAGACUUGCAGAACUUUCUUCGUUGUCAGAAUAACAAAACAAACUAUAAUCUGGUAUGCGAGACCCUGCAGUUCCUGGACUGUAUCUGUGGCAGCACCACAGGGGGGCUGGGGCUCCUGGGCCUUUAUAUCAAUGAGAAGAAUGUGGCCCUUAUCAAUCAGACUGUGGAGAGCCUCACUGAGUACUGCCAGGGCCCCUGCCAUGAGAACCAGAACUGCAUUGCUACACAUGAGUCGAAUGGAAUUGACAUUAUCAUUGCCCUGAUUCUCAAUGACAUCAAUCCCCUGGGUAAGAAGAGAAUGGAUUUAGUGCUGGAACUUAAGAACAAUGCUUCGAAGCUGCUGUUGGCAAUCAUGGAAAGCCGCCAUGACAGUGAAAAUGCAGAGAGAAUACUUUACAACAUGAGGCCGAAGGAGCUGGUGGAAGUGAUCAAGAAGGCAUAUCUGCAGGGAGAGUUGGAUUUUGAGGAUACCGAUGAGGAGGGAGAAAAUGGGGAAGAUCAUGCAGCCUCUCCCCGCAACGUGGGUCACAACAUCUACAUUCUGGCGCAUCAGCUGGCUCGCCACAACAAGGAGCUCCAGCACAUGCUGAAGCCUGGAGGCCAGAAUGGAGAAGGAGAUGAGGCGCUGGAGUUUUACGCCAAGCACACUGCUCAGAUCGAGAUUGUGCGGCAGGAUCGCACCAUGGAGCAGAUCGUAUUCCCCGUCCCCAACAUCUGUGAGUUUCUCACCAACGAGUCAAAGCUGAGGGUUUACUACACCACCGAGCGGGAUGAGCAGGGCAGCAAGAUCAAUGACUUCUUCCUGAGAUCGGAAGACCUCUUUAACGAGAUGAACUGGCAGAAGAAGCUGCGAGGUACACAAGAGGCUGUUGGUAACACAAACACGGUUCCCUCCCAGCCUGUGCUCUACUGGUGCUCCCGCAAUAUGUCCUUCUGGAGCAGCAUCUCCUUCAACCUGGCUGUGCUCAUGAACCUGCUGGUCGCUUUCUUCUAUCCUCUGGAGGGAAUCCGGGGAGGUACACUCGAGCCACACUUGUCAGCCCUUCUGUGGAUGGGAAUGUUUGUGUCUCUGGCCAUAGUGAUUGCAUUGCCCCAGCCUCAUGGAAUAAGAGCUCUGAUCGCCUCCACCAUUCUGCGGCUGAUAUUCUCAGUCGGUCUGGAGCCAACUCUGUUCCUGCUUGGUGCUUUCAAUGUUUGCAAUAAAAUUAUCUUCCUGAUGAGUUUUGUGGGAAAUCGUGGAACUUUCACCCGUGGGUAUAAAGCUAUGAUCCUGGACAUGGAGUUCCUCUAUCAUCUUCUGUACCUGAUUAUCUGUAGUCUGGGGGUGUUUGUCCAUGUAUUCUUCUACAGCCUGCUGCUGUUUGAUUUGGUUUAUAGAGAAGAGACGCUGCUUAAUGUCAUUAAGAGUGUGACGCGUAAUGGCCGUUCAAUUAUCCUGACCGCUGUGCUCGCGCUCAUCCUCGUCUAUCUCUUCUCCAUUGUUGGGUACAUCUUCUUCAAAGAUGACUUCAUCCUGGAGGUCGAUAGGAUACCAAACAAAACACUAGAAAGUGGAUCCAGUAUGGCAGGGGAGUUUCUGUCUUCAGGAGUCUGUCGGGCAGACAGUGGUGAAAACUGUUCAGCUCAGCCUAUCGAAGCUCACAGUACAGAGUCGACUGUGUUCGAAGAUAAGGAGCGGACCUGCGAGUCCUUGCUGAUGUGCAUCGUCACUGUGCUGAGCCACGGGCUGAGGAGUGGGGGCGGUGUGGGGGACGUGCUCCGCAAGCCAUCCAAGGAGGAGCCUCUCUUUGCUGCCCGUGUGAUCUAUGACCUCCUGUUCUUCUUCAUGGUCAUUAUCAUUGUCCUCAACCUGAUCUUUGGAGUCAUCAUUGACACCUUCGCCGAUCUCAGGAGUGAGAAACAGAAAAAGGAGGAAGUCCUGAAGACAACCUGCUUUAUUUGUGGUCUUGAACGAGACAAAUUUGACAACAAGACGGUGACAUUUGAGGAGCACAUCAAGGAGGAACACAACAUGUGGCAUUACCUUUUCUUCAUAGUCCUGGUGAGAGUGAAGGACUCCACAGAGUACACUGGGCCUGAGAGCUAUGUAGCAGAAAUGAUCAAGGAGCACAACCUUGACUGGUUCCCCCGGAUGCGCGCCAUGUCCUUGGUCAGCAGCGACGCCGAGGGGGAGCAGAAUGAGAUCCGCAACCUGCAGGAGAAGCUGGAGUCGACCAUGAAACUGGUCUCCAACCUGUCGGGCCAGCUGACGGAACUCAAAGAACAGAUGACUGAACAGAGGAAGCAGAAGCAAAGAAUUGGACUUCUUGGCCACCCUCCCCACAUGAAUAUGAACCCACAGCAGCCAGCCUGAGAGAGAAGGCAGAAGACUAUCUUUAUUUUUUCUUAGAAGCCAGACUAAAGUGGAACUGCCAAGCUAUGUAGAGGUCCACGCUUCAACUACUGAAUCGCAAUGUGUGAGUGUGUAGUGCACCAGUAGCAACAAACAGAAAUAACUAGUCGUAUCAGAGUUCAGGCCACAUAGGUAUAAGACUUUGUAGCUCAUCCCUGUUUUGUUUUGUUUUUGGAUUUGGUGCCAAACUUUUCUAAAUAAAAAAAGUGAAUUAUAAUAAAAUGGCCUUUACUGGAUGAACUUGAAACACAGCAGGGCUGUACCGGAUAGUAAGAAGCGGAACGAGAGAAAUUUGUUGAAAGACAUUUUCAUUUUUUUAUUUAAAACAGUAGAGCAAGCAGUAUUUAAUGUCUUAUUUUUGUAUGAUGUGCAAUAUGAAUACUUUAAUAUGCAACCACCAUAAUGUGUAAUCCUUAUGUCUUAAAGGGAAGGUACAAUUUUUAAAAGUUUUUUUUUUUGGUUUCUCUAGUAGAGUUUGUUUGCAAAGGACUUCAGGUACAGUUCUAAACUGAAUAACGAGUCCACAUGGACCAGUGGUAUUGAAUACACUGAUUCCAUUGAGUACAGGCUCUGUUCUUCUGACUCUUAAGUACCAUAAAUAAAGUUCUUCACAUAAAUUAUUAAUGGACAGUGUUUGUUUAGAGACAAUAAAUAGCAUCUUAUUCUCAUUUGAAAAUAAGAAAUUUUAUGUCUUAAAUUAAACAUAAUGCUCAUGCCAUCUGUGUUGUAUGUGUUUUAAAACUGCCUUUAUGAUAUUUACCUUUAUAUCCAGAUGUCUUUUAAACUUAGUAGUCUUUGGACAGCAAAUUUUGGUAGAGCCCAAAACUAUAGAACCCACUAUAAUAAUUUGAUUUUUUUUUCUUUUUAUUUCUGUUUAGUAUCACAGACACUUAUUAUCUUGUACUUGUUACAUAUAGUUCUUCUGUGACUCU